CAAAGCGAAGCGUGGGGGUACCGCUGCUUGUUCCCGGAAGUGCGUGGCUCAGAGAGCGGCCAUGGCGGCGGACAGGAGAAAGGUGCAUUCCGUAAUGUUGUGGCUUUCUCCGGAAAAACUUUUCAUGCAGCUUAUUCUACUUGUUGUCUUUGUAACGGUAGGAGCUCCAGAGAUCUCCCCCUCAGGCGAGGCGUUCGGCGCCGGCCAGACAGCCUUCAAACCCGUGUCUGCCUCAGUUGCUAGGAAUAUAAGGUAUCUGUUAUACGAUGUUAACCCACCAGAGGGCUUUAACCUGCGGAGGGACGUGUUUAUCCGUAUGGCUUCACUCAUGAAGAGCCUGCUGAAGACCGGCGACUGGGUCCUGGUGCUCCCUCCCUGGGGCCGCCUGUAUCACUGGCAGAGCCCCGAUAUCCACCAGAUACGGAUCCCCUGGGCGGAAUUCUUUGACGUUCCCAGCAUCAACAGGAACAUCCCUGUCAUCGAGUAUGAGCAGUUCCUUGCAGAGUCAGGCGGCCCCUUCAUUGAGCAAGUGUAUGUCCUGCAGAGCUAUGCAGAAGGAUGGACAGACGGAAAGUGGGAAGAGAAAGUUGAUGAGAGGCCCUGUAUGGAGCGUCUAAUGUACUCUCAUGACAAGCAAGGAUAUUUCAGGGGCUGGUUCUGGGGUUACGAGGAGACAAGGGGCUUGAAUGUCACCUGUCUGUCUGUUCAAGGACACGCCUCUAUCCUGGCUCCAAUCCUGUUGGGAAACACCACAGCACGGUCAUUGAUGCUGGACCGAGCGGAAACAGUCCUCCAUGACCAUUAUGCGGGGAAGGAUUAUUGGGAUGCUCGUCGCAGCAUGGUGUUCGCAAAGCACCUGCGAAUGGUUGGGGAUGAGUUCAGAGCCCGAUACCUCAACUCCACUGAUGAGAGCGAUAAGACUCAUUACAAUGAGGACUGGACACAAAUGAAAUCGAAGCUCGGCAGUGCGAAAGGGGGGCCCUACCUUGGGGUCCACCUUCGUCGGAAAGACUUUAUCUGGGGUCACAGGAAAGAUGUGCCCAGCCUAAAGGGAGCUGUCAACAAAAUGCGCAGUAUUAUGAAGAAACACAAACUGGACAAGGUGUUUGUAGCUACUGAUGCGGCUGAGGAAGAGCUGGAGGAGCUGAAGAAGCUGCUUCCAGAGAUGGGGAGGUUUGAGCCAACGUGGGAAGAACUGGAACUAUACAAAGAUGGAGGAGUUGCUAUUAUCGACCAGUGGAUCUGUGCCCAUGCCAGAUACUUUAUAGGGACCUCUGUGUCGACAUUCUCCUUUAGAAUUUAUGAGGAGCGCGAGAUCCUGGGAUUCGAUCCCAAAACUACCUACAACAGGUUCUGUGGUGAAAAGGAAACGGACUGCGAGCAGCCAACCCACUGGAAGAUUGAGUACUGAUUCAACAACUGGGACCUUUACUAAGUGGUGCUUUUAAAAGGUUAGGGUAUGACAUGUUACAGGAGAACAGGACUAUACCAUGUAGGCCCAUGGGAAUCCUUUUAAAACAGGGAAAAACAUUCUCCAUUACUGUUGGGUGGAAUGCUAGUUGUCUUUUCUCAGCUCAGAAGCAGUGUCAGCGGGGUCUAUCUUUACCCUAUGCACCAGACUGAAUGAGAAUCCUCUGAGCAGUUAGCCAUCCAGUCGGACGACUGCAGAGAAAACACUAACACAAAGCCCUAACCACUGAGCUACCAGCUUAUCAUAGCAGCUUAUAAAACUUUCUGUUGAGAAUGCUGUAUGUCAAGAGGAAUCUCUUUGCGCUUGACUAGUAUUCAAAAUCUGCGGAGCCUGCAGAAUACAAGACACUGCUCACUUUUAAUGUACUGCCUCAAUUAUUUUAUAUUUGGUCAGAUCUGACAUUUUUUGCAGGUUGCAUUCCACAAGCCAAACACAUGUUCAGUGUUAUUUUUAGUCUGGUUGAAAUAAGGGACCAUCUAGUUCUUGCAACACUGAUUGUUUUAACUUUUAGUUUGCUGAUAUGUGGUUUGUUGUGGAUGUCUUGCCAUCCAAGAAACACUUUUUUUUUUUUUAACGCAUAGUUUUUUUUUUGGAUUGAGAUAUAAUACAAAAAAAAAAAAACAUCAUUUUGAUCUUUUAUUUAACAUUAUGUAAUCAAAGAAACUACAAAAUUAUAUCACAAAAGUCUACCAGAAGUGAUAGUAGUACAGUAUUUCAUGUUAGAUUUAGAAAUGUCACAUUUUUUAAUUUUUGUCUUUUUUUUUUGGUAAGUAUAUGGAAAACUACAAAGCAGUAUGUACUUUGUAUGUUAACAUAAAUAGAUAGAUUGAACAUAUAGGACAGCGAGGGAGCAGACUUGGUCUACCUUGACAGACAACAUUCAAAGGGUGUGGACUAGAACAGAGAUUUUCAUCAAGCAGAAAAAAAAGGUAAAAUACAUACAUGAAUACUGUAUUUACAUAUUUUCCAGUGGAUUGAUUUGGAACAGGGAUUAAACAUAGUUUGAAAGAUGACGUUCAAUGUCCUUUACCAGCGAGUAAGGACCUCGUAUUGACCAAUCAGAUUAAAGGAAAUCUCAGCUCCGUUUUCACAUUAAGAAUAUUAUCACAGACAGCCAAGGGAAUAGUAAUUCAGUCUUUGUAAAAACGUUUUUAAUUCAAGCGUCAGAAACUCUGAGAAAACUGGUAAGGAGCUACGAAGAAGUUUAUUUUUUCUAGUUUUUUAACAUUAACAUUCACAUAACGGUUCCAGUUUCAUGUUGAUUUAAAGACUUAGUCUAUGCCAAUGUGCAAUGCAGUAUUACAAUGUGGAGAAACCAAAGAUUCCUUAGAUAUUUUUUUGCAAAAAGAAAGUGUUAUAUAUUAAAGUUCUGAGUAUUGUUGAAUAAGUGGGACAAUCGUUUUCUGUGUUACACAUGAAAAAGUGUGUCGUUCGGCACCCCUAUCCCUACCAUAUCCCUUUUACUCACUAAAACUUUCUAAUCUUGAUUUUUUUUUUUGUUUGUCCUUUACAAAUACAAUUGUACAUAUUGUACUGUUGCAGAAACCCAUUUGAAUUUUGCUUUAGAAGUAUAAGCACAAUCUAUUAAUAAUAUUAACCUAGCUGGUUCACUUUAAGUAACUGCCUUUUCUACUGCCUGUGCCACUGCUACAUGGAAAACCUCACAAAGAAUCUGACAUGGCAGCUUCAUUGUUUUCAAUGAUCUCGAAACACUUUGACCUGGGAUCUCAGAUAGCUUUCACUUUUGGUAACUGGCCAGUACUCUGACACAUUUUAUGAUUUUUCUCAAUUAAAUUUCAUUCUCAGCUGUUUCACUACCAUGUUGUUUUAACCACUGGCCUUGACAAGGAUACAUUAUAUAUAUAUAUAUAUAUAUAUAUAUAUAUAUAUAUAUAUAUAUAUAUAUAUAUAUAUAUAUAUAUAUAUAUAUCAUAUUUACUUUAUCUUAACAAAUGAGCCCAUCAGAGAUUCUGCUGUCUGAACAUUGUGUCCCUGGGGAUGCAUUGUUUUUGUUUCCAAUAAAACCCAAAGCAUUUCUAGCUCUUCAUUGCAUUUGGUCCUCUUGUUAUUGCAGUGAAACUUUGGACAAACAGAAACUUAACAGAAAUAAAUAUGAUUUUAAAAAGACACACACACAUAUAUAUAUAUAUAUAUAUAUAUAUAUAUAUAUAUAUAUAUAUAUAUAUUUAUAUUAAACUGAUGUAAGUUUUAUUGUUCUGUGUAAGAUUGAGGCAGAUACUGAUAGCAGCCAGGUAGAGCCACAAACAAAGUGCAGUUGUACAAUUCUCAUAAACUUGUUUGUACUGUUGUAGAUUUAAAAAUAAAUAAAUAAAGUCUAAAAUGUU